UCUCGCCUUCGUGUACGUGCUCGGACAAUUUCGUGCAAGCAAAACUGGGCAUUUGUGUAGCAAAACGUUGCUGUACAAGAAGGCGGAACCGUGUUGAGCAAGACUAUCGAGAGGGCUCAAGGAAACGCUAUGUCGACAAACAUGCUAGUUUCACGAACUACUUUGUUGAAUCAAGCCAGGUUAUGUGGCGGGAGGACCUCUGGAGUGAUUCGACUGCCCUCUCUCGGCUCAAAGACCGUUCCAAUAUCACGAGCUUGUUCAGGCUUGCUUCACCCGCGCUCCGCCGUUCUAGCCGCCCCAGGCCUCGCCCGGAGCUAUUGGUGGUCGACCAAGUCUCCCGAGGCCAGUACAGCCGCUGCCUCUCCGCCGUCACCGCCCGCCGCACCUACCGCGGCUGCUUCUGAAGCUACUACAUCCGUUACCGAGGCCGCGAAGCCAUCCUCCGCCGACCUCGUCCAGUCCGUGGAGUCCGUGGAGUCCGUGGGGGACGUCGUACCCGAAAGCGCGAGCGCAGUCGCAGACGCCGCUGCCUCCGUCAGCACCGCGCCCUUACACUAUGGCGAUCUCGCUCAGCUCGGUCUCACCGGGUGGGGCCCCAGCGGCCUCUCUGUCUCAUUUCUCGAGGCGCUCCAUGUCUUCACCCAGCUGCCAUGGGCAUGGACGAUCGUCCUCGGCACGGUCGCCACUCGUCUGAUCGUCCUACCGUUCACGAUUCGCUCCAUGCGCGCGUCCGCAGCACUCGCGCCGUACCAGCCUCGUUUCCAGGAGAUCAUGAAGCAAUUCGCCGAAGCGAGGGCGCAGCAGGAUCUGCCGCGUCUCCAAAAGCUCGCUAUGGAGCAGAAGUUGCUCUACCGCGAGGCGGGCUUCAGCAUGGGCAGCGCGAUCACAGGACCGUUGGUGCAAAUCCCGGUUACGUUUGGCAUGUUCAUGGGCCUCCGGCGGAUGUGCGAGCAUCCCGUUGAGCAGCUGAAGAACAGCGGUUGGGACUUCUUCCCCGAUCUGACGGUCGCGGACCCGACCUACGUACUCCCCUUCAUCUCCACGGUCCUUAUCCCUUUGACCAUGAAGGUAUCCAUGAGAGACAUGUCGUCGACGGCCGCCAUGAACCCGGCGCACAUCUACAACGGGAUGCUCGUCCUCAGCCCGCUCAUGUUUGUAGUUUUGACGAAACUCGCCGCCGGCGUGAGCAUCUACACCGCGACGGGCGCGCUGUUCGCCGUCCUGCAGAGCGCUGCGCUGCGAUCGCACGCCGUUCGUCGAGCGCUGAAGAUCCCGAUCGUCCCUCCGACGGCCCAGCCCAAACCUGUCUCUAUCGCGGACACCUGGCGCGCGCUCAAGGACAACAUUACGCAGAGGGCCGAGCAAAGCCAGCGGACCGAGAUGGCUCGCCAGCCGCGGCCUCGAGACCGCAACGGGCUCAGGCGGUGAUGUAGGAGGGUGGGUCGCCGUGCCCUUGAGUCAAACCCCGCUGUUCCUUCCUGAAAGCACGCUGUCUAGAAUACCUUCUGCUAAUCUUAAUGCACACAUCCC